UUCCCCAUGGCCGGCCCUGGAAUGAGCACCACCCCGAAUGCCUCUGCUUCUGCUGCGCAAUCUCUCCCAUUGCAUCAACUCGGGACGGUUCCGCGCAGAGUAUCGGUGGCGCAAGCCUCGAACUCUGUCAGCAAAGCUGCCCCUCAACACCAACAGUCAUCGAGACAGCCCUCGCCUGCUCAGAGUUCAAGUACCGGACAUCAACAGAAACAUGUUGGACCGAACCCGGGACAGAGCUCAGGGCUUAAAGCUCGCACAUUCUCCAUGGCCUGGAAGUCGCCCGAGAUGAAAAACUCGGUCAAGCGGUUUGAUGAGAACCAGCAUGGUCGCAUUCCUGGAUCCCAUCUUGCCGCUGAUGGCGAGUAUCGUCGCGCCAUUGCAAACCUUGAGGAUAGUAACAAGAACCUUGUGCACAAGGACUGGAAAGUUCCAAGGAUUUCGAACGAUGCUAACAAUCCCUACAAUGACGUUCUCCCGUGCAGAAUCAGGCUUAUCACUUUCAAUGACGACGGAAAGCCAAUGAACAACGCCCAGCCACGUGAGUUCGCUGAUUCGACGGACUUCAAGAAUUUCAUGGAGAACACUCCCCCCAACACACCGACACGCAGACUCUACCUUCUCGAAGGUGUCGGUCCGGAAUAUGUGGCAACACUUGGCACGCAUCUGGAUAUCGAUCCUGCCUUCUUCCUCCGGCAUCAACGAACAGCAUUAUGGGAGGGAAGACACCGAGGCGGCAACACGGCUCAGUUGGCAUCUGUAGAAGAUCACAACAAUAGUUUCAUGAUAGAGUUUGCCGAGAAUCUGUACUUCGUAGAGGCGCCGAGUAGUCGAUCGCUGCGAAAUCCGAAUGAUAACAGACACAUAAACAUGUCCAAAAUGCCUGAAUUUACGCAAGAUCUUGAUAGAGUAGGGAUCAUGCACCGUAAAGCAAGUUUCUGGUCUCGGAAGUGUCCCGGAGGUUGGAACGCUUUGAUCUUGAUGGACCCUGGCUUGACUCGGAAGACAGUUGGUACAAUUGACAAGACUGUCAUUCUAGUAGGGCGAUCGAGCGGUGCGAAGCCUAUAGCGUUGGAGACCGAACUCUUUCAGGGCGGCUACCUUGAUUGUGUUCCUUACCAAACCAUCGGGCAAGCGAAGAAUGCUCAAGCUCCACCAAGAACCUGCAUGCUGGACGACCUUUGCCACUACUGGCAAAAGCAUGGUGGAAUGGUUUCAGGUCUCAGCGAUGGCAUGAAAACCUCCAGUAUAUUGGUGACAGUGUGCUUGCAGAAGAUCAUUGCAUCAAAUUACAUGAUUCUCAUUGGAUAUCUAGAGGCCAAUGUCAACGAACUGGAAACCGCAAUCCUGUUGUACCCAGUCCAAGAAAAGAGGAAACACCAGACAAUGCAAGUCACAGAACAAUGGGCCAUUCUCCAAUCCUGGAGUCAUCGAUUUCCAGAAUACAAUGGCAUGAUCGACGACAUACUAGACUGGCAUUUCAAAGCAGCAUCUGGCUGCGAUGCUAAAGUCAUAGAAGAAUGGGAGAAAUGCACCAAUGAUUUCAAGGCUAUCAAACGACGCCUAGACAUUCUCCGCGAUCGCACUCAGCUUCUCAGUGAUUCAUUUGUUGGACUUGCCAGCAUGGCGGGAAUUCAAGAGUCUUUGGACGAAGCGAAAGCCGUCAAGCUGCUCACCGUGCUUGGCUUCUUCUUCGUUCCGCUUUCCCUCGUCUCCUCUCUCUUCGCUAUGCCGAACAAAGACACGCUUAUUAAUGUUCCAUCGACUGGGGUGUUGAGUGGGUUCAGGUACUAUGCCCUGAUUGCGUUCACGGUUUCUGGGGGAAUGACGUUCUUUGUCGUAUGCUAUAUAUGGGGCUUGAAUGUUCUACUUCGAUCUGUGGCAAAUGCCGCGAAGUUGAAGAAAUGA